UAAAAUAAAAUUUACAUUUCUUUUUUUAUUUUAUUUUUAAUUUUGUCAUUACAAAAUUUGUAAUCCUGUUUGGUUGCCGAGAAAAUGAGACAGAAAAUCAGCUCCGCUUGAGCUGCUCCAAACGCCAGAGUCCACCACAAACUUGAAAUGUUAGCUCUCAGCUCUCCAAUUCAAACCGGAAAUCGUUUAAUCAAAGCCCGCCAUGUCAGAGCACCACCUCACGAGCUCAGAGCAGCGGCAACAACAACCACCGCGACGGUUUACAAGAAGCGCGGCGGAGAGAGAAAAGACAGGGCACAAUUGCUCCGUUCUGUCGACCAUUGGCCACCCCGCUAGUCCGGAAGAACUUGCUUCGCGAUGCCGAUCAUCCGAUGCGACUGCAGACAGUGUUCCGAGGCUGUGCUCGAUCCCUAACUCUCCAGUUUAUUUGGCGGAUAAGGGACUAGUGUCAGCCGCGGCGGUUUCGGCUUCAGGGGAGUUCGUGCCCGAUACAAUGCGGAAUGGUAAUGUGAAGGCAUACUCUAGGAAACGGAAAAGGCAGGUUUCGAACAAUGCGAGGGUGUCGACGGCGGCGAAAAGGAGAUUGCAUUUACCAACAGAGAAUGGUGAAGCAGAUGGAAAGUUGGGAUGUUUGCCAAAUGCUUCUAACUGCGAUUUUCUUGAGGGUAAUUCAAAUAACGAGAGAGCUUUGGUUCCCUUACCUCUUGAUUAUAAUCCUCCCGAGUCUUCAAGUUUUUGCAUGACACAUUUGGAACAUGGGGAGGGCAAUGCUGGUGUUCAGUCGAGCACUUUAAUGCAUGAAGAAAGCCCACCUGACGUACACCAUAGUCUUCUCACAAUUGGGACAGAUUCUUGCAGCCUGAAGCCAGUUGAAGUUGAUAGAGGUACAGCAUGCUUCCUAGAUGUGAAAUUGCCUCCACAAAGUAGUAGUUAUGAUCGGAAACCAUGCCAGGAAGCUGUGGCUGGCAACAGAAGAUUAGAAAAUGAAACUGAUUAUACUCCCACAUUUUGCUUAGAGGAAGACAAGCAAAGCAAUAUGGAUGCUGGCAUUCAUGAUACUCAUUCGUGCAAAGCUUCAACGGAUCAAUUAAUAAAAGAUGCACAAACUCCGGUGGAAAAUAAUGUAGAGGAAGGUUUUCCUGAAUUUGGGGCAGAAGCAGAAGCUGAAAAUUUUGUUCUAUCAGUGAAGCUUGGGGAAGCACUACCAAGUUGCUUGGACUCUAGAAAUGCUGUGAACAUAACCUUGGACAAAGACCAGAGUAUGAAAAAGGCAGAGUCUAUGCCCGACCCCAUAUUAGCUGAAUGCCCUUCCCCUAAGAAGCAGUUGGGAAAAUCGUCGGGCAAAUUGAAGGGCUUGUUCAAGAAUUUGCCUUGCCAAGAACGAGUUCUCAUGGAGUCAUUAGAAUAUAAUGAACUUGUUAACAUUCCCAAACAGGAGAAUCAGUGUAAAACUUAUCAGAAAUCUCGCUCUAUAGAACCUAACUUGAAGAGUAGCAAGAAAAAGAACAUACAUGCAAAAGAAAACAUGGUGGAUACUACCUCUUUAUCUCCACAGCUGGAGAAAAUACAACUACCUCAGUUAGACAAUUUUAUCAUAGAGGAAGAAGAAGGUUCAGGUGGUUAUGGCACUGUUUACCGGGCUAAGCGAAAGAAUGAUGGAAAAAUAUUUGCUAUUAAAUAUCCCCAUGUCAAAGCUCAUAAACACCAUUUUGAUACUGAGCGAAAAAUGCUUGAGCUUUUUGGGGGUAGGAACUUCAUUAUAAAAUAUGAAGGUUCCUUCAGAAGUGGUGAUAGUGAGUGCUUUAUUUUGGAACAUGUUGAGCAUGACAGACCUGAGGUGUUGAAGAAAGAAAUAGAUCUAUACCAGCUCCAGUGGUAUGGCUAUUGCAUGUUUAGAGCCCUUAAUUGCUUACAUCAGCAGGAUGUGGUGCACAGAGAUGUUAAGCCUGGAAAUUUCCUCUUCUCUCGUAGGCUAAACAAAGGUUACCUCAUUGAUUUCAACCUUGCUAAGCAUUUACCUCAAAAGUACACAAUUGGAAGUAAAUCAAAAUCAAGUCCUCACGUGUCCUUUAGUCAUGUCCCUCUCCCUCAAUCUAAAUCUGCUCUACUGAACGGAGAAAAAAAGUUUGUAACAGGUGAUCUUACAGAUACCAAAUUAGGGCAAACAACAGAUUCUAAGCGAACUCAUGAGCCUCGUAAGGAUGUAAGGAAGCGGGAUAAUGAUGGUCCCUUGAAAAUCUAUCCUGAUAUGGGCGGUGGUAAUAGAUAUAAAAUCCAAGGUGCCGAGGGCUCAGGUAUGACCUCUGCGAAGGAUGUGAUAAGCACCAGAACCCCAUCUACAGAAAGGGCAAGGGAACCUCUGCCGUGCCUAGGUAGAAAAGAGUUGAUCAGCCUGGUGCAGGAUGCGGUUCUCGGUCCAAACCAUGAUGCAAAAAACACUCCUGCUUCCCAAAGGAAAAGGAUUGCCGCCCCUCCAGGCAAGAUUGACAAUAAAAUCAUCUAUACAAGUCCAAUGUCUCUGCAUUUUACUGGUGGCUCUGUAUCCGCUGCCAAGUUAUUGAAAAGCAAAGGUAAUGGGAGACAAAAGAAAGAAGGUUCAUGCGUCGGAACCAAGGGAUUCCGUGCUCCAGAGGUGUUGUUGAGAUCUUUGCAUCAAGGCCCGAAGGUUGACGUCUGGUCAGCCGGAGUCACCCUCCUUUACCUGAUCAUGGGAAGAACUCCUUUUACCGGAGAACCGGAACAGAGUAUAAAAGACAUUGCAACGUUACGGGGCAGUGAAGAUCUAUGGGAAGUGGCCAAGCUGCACGACCGGGAAUCCUCAUUUCCAGUGGAGUUGCUGGAUAUCAAAUCCUUGCCGUCAAUGAAGCUGCAAAGUUGGUGCAAGGCUCGGACAAAAAGAGGUCAGUUUUUCAGGCAAAUUCCGAGAUCGCUAUUCGAUCUUGUGGACAAGUGCCUGACGGUAAACCCAAGGCAGAGGAUCAGCGCAGAGGAAGCUCUGCAGCAUGAGUUCUUUGCCCCGUGCCAUGAGAGCCUGAUGAAGCAGAGAAUGUUCAGGCGUGAGGUUAUGAGCACCCAGAAUGAGUAAAAAUGUCAAAACACCAAAUUUUAAAGGAAAGUUGUGCUGCACGAUUAUGUUGGAGUGCUAAUAACAAUUCCCUUUUGAAUACCAUCAAUAUGUAAAUUUUCGAGCAUUCAGUGUUGUUUCUUUCUUAAUCUAGACUAUGGAGAUAAUGUACAGCCAAUUACUAUAAAACCGGGGAAAAACAAUUGAGAACGAAGAAACAGAUCAAAACU